AAAAAAAAGUGUCUUUUGCAGAGCGAGGGAGCAGAGGGGGGAGCCAAAAUGGAGGUGGCGCUGCAUCCUUUGAGGCUGAAGCAGCUGUUCCAGCUUACGGUCUCUUCUAAGUUCAACCAAAACCAAUAUCUUUAUGGAAAAAUCCGACCUUUUUUCAUUGUACGAUGCUGUUCUUCCUCGUCUUCUUCCGCCGGCGCGGCUGCGGUCGUGACCGGCGGUCGCAACCGAAAGGCUUCAUCCUCGACGAAUUCCACCUCUGACAGAGAGGCCAUUCGCGCCAUACGUAUAAAAAAGGUAGAAGAACUAAGAAGCAAGGGCUUAGAUCCCUAUGCCUACAAAUGGGAUCGCACCCAUACAGCAAAUCAGCUUCAAGUGAUAUAUAAAAAUCUGGGAGAUGGCGAGGAGCUAGCUAGUGACAAUGAUCAUGUGUCUGUUUCUGGACGAAUUGUGGCCCGAAGAGCUUUUGGAAAGCUUGCCUUUUUGACAUUGAGGGAUGACUCGGGCACAAUCCAGCUUUACUGUGAGAAGGAAAGGCUACUCAGUGAGCAGUUUGACCAUUUGAAAACCCUAGUUGAUAUCGGUGAUAUAUUGGGUGCAAGAGGCUCAAUUAAGCGCACAGAAAAAGGGGAGUUAUCUGUUUGUGUGACAUCAUUUACAAUCCUAACAAAAACAUUGCUUCCCUUGCCGGAUAAAUAUCAUGGUCUUACAGACAUUGAUAAACGAUAUCGUCAAAGGUAUGUAGAUAUGAUUGCGAAUCCUGAGGUAGCUGAUGUAUUUAGGAAAAGAGCUAAGAUUAUAUCAGAAAUACGAAAGACAGUAGAAUCAGUUGGUUUUAUUGAAGUCGAAACUCCAGUUCUUCAGGGAACUGCUGGUGGCGCUGAAGCUAGGCCAUUCAUUACAUACCACAACUCUCUUGGCCAAGAUCUUUAUCUCCGAAUUGCAACUGAACUCCACCUGAAAAGAAUGCUGGUGGGUGGAUUUGAAAAGGUAUACGAGAUAGGAAGAAUCUUCAGAAAUGAGGGCCUCUCAACUCGUCACAAUCCGGAAUUUACCACCAUUGAGAUGUAUGAAGCUUAUUCAGAUUAUGAAAGCAUGAUGAAUAUGGCGGAAGAAAUUAUAACGCGAUGUGCUCUUGCCGUCAAUGGGAAACUUACCCUUGAUUAUCAGGAUGUAGAAAUAUGUUUAGAAAGACCUUGGAGGAGGGAGACCAUGCAUAAUCUUGUCAAAGAAGCAACGAGGAUUGAUUUUAACACAUUUGGUGAUGAUCUUACUGCAGCAAAAGAAGCUACUUUGCAAACACUGGAUGUUGAGCUCGUUAAUCAAAACAGAAGUUUAAUUGAAGCAUGCCCAUCUGUUGGACACUUACUGAAUGAGGUUUUUGAACUAGUCGUGGAGCCACAGUUAUUGCAGCCCACAUUUGUCCUAGACUACCCACUUGAAGUAUCUCCGCUGGCCAAACCUCAUAGAAGACGCGCAGGGCUGACAGAGAGGUUCGAGCUGUUUGUAUGUGGUCGGGAGAUGGCAAAUGCUUUCUCUGAAUUGACUGAUCCACUGGACCAGAGAGGACGGCUGGAAGAGCAAGUGAGGCAGCAUAAAAAGAAGAAUGCAGAAGCAUCCAAGAAAGACGAAGAUGUGUACGAUGUAAGCCUUGAUGAAGACUUUUUAGCCGCUCUGGAAUACGGCAUGCCUCCGGCAUCCGGCAUGGGGCUGGGCAUUGACAGGCUUGUAAUGCUGCUGACCAACUCAGGUAGUAUAAGGGAUGUUAUUGCGUUCCCUGUCCUCAAGACUACUCCCCAAUAGACAACACCAAAAUACUAUUAUUUAUUAUUCACAAGAAUUCGAAAAUUGGGACUGGGUUUUUAUUGUGUUCAAUUCACUUUGUCUAUUUUCUGAUGCUACUGUUAUGAGUGAAUUCAAUUCUUUCA